AUGGAGAAUGUCACUUUUAUUCGGGAGAACCAGACUUUCGGCAACUGGACCGAACAUAGUAUUGAAUAUAAAGUCGUGAGCAUAUUGUUGGUGACUCUCAUCUGCGGGGUAGGGAUUGUUGGCAACGUUAUGGUUAUACUGGUGGUUCUCACCACCAAGCACAUGCGGACACCGACCAACUGUUACCUGGUGAGCCUCGCCGUCGCUGACCUUAUGGUUCUGACCGCCGCUGGCUUACCGAACAUCACGGACAGUCUGUACGGGCAGUGGGUAUACGGAUACGUCGGAUGCCUCUGCAUCACCUAUUUCCAGUAUUUGGGCAUUAACGCGUCCUCGUGCUCCAUCACUGCCUUCACCAUCGAGAGAUACAUCGCUAUCUGUCACCCGAUUAAAGCCCAGUUUCUCUGCACCCUUUCCAGAGCGAAGAAAAUCAUCGUGGUCGUCUGGGCUUUCACCUCUCUCUACUGCGUCAUGUGGUUCUACCUGUCGGACACUAAAGAGAUCCACUACGCCGGGAACGUUACCAUAGUCACCUGCGCCUACAAAGUGUCCCGAAACCAAUACUUGCCGAUAUAUUUCACGGAUUUUGCAGUCUUCUAUGUGUUGCCCUUGAUGUUGGCGACGAUACUGUAUGGGCUUAUUGCUAGAAUUCUUUUCCUAAACCCACUACCCUCAGACCCCAAAGAAAACAAGAAGCUGAAAAAGGAUGCAUGUCAGGGAAACAAGUCGAUCAGUUCGAAAAACUCCAACUGCACGAGCAGCACUACAGCGGCCUCACGACGACAGGUGACGAAGAUGCUGGCAGUGGUGGUGAUCCUCUUUGCCCUCCUCUGGAUGCCCUACCGUACGCUGGUGGUGGUCAACUCCUUCUUGGAGCAGGCCUACCUGGACCUCUGGUUCCUCCUCUUCUGCCGUAUCUGCGUCUACCUGAACAGCGCCAUCAACCCGGUCAUCUACAACGCCAUGUCGCAGAAGUUCCGCGCUGCCUUCAAGAAGCUGUGCAGCUGCAGGGCGCAGCGCUCCGAGAAGCCUGCCGCCUACAGCAUGGCCCUCACCUACAGCGUCAUCAAGGAGACGUCCAACGGCGAGAGCCCCGACCACUACACCACAGAGCUGGACGACCUGACGGCCGCAGAGGAGUUUCUGCCCAGGAAGAGGAUGUCGUUCGACGACGGCCACAUGUCCGGCAGCAAGGUCACGUUCAGCAACGCCUGA